UAAAUAAUAAGAAAAUUGUAAAUUCAGAAGAAAAUAUCUAACAGAAAAAAUUAAAUUAUACAGACUUUUUGUCUAAACACUGUGCGACAGUAUAUUAGGGAAUCUUUUGCAGUGUUGCACCGAAAUCGAUAACAACAACACUUGUGACUAUCGAAGGUCGGUGUAUACGGAUAGAAUCUAAGAAAUAAACAUUAAAUUAAAUUAUUAAAUGAUUAAGUCAAAAAAAUAUGGACAAACAACUGCCAAAUAGAAAACCAACUAAUAAAGAUGGAAAACAGGAUGUCACCCAAAUGGAACUCAACAUUUGCAAUACAAACUCAAACUCGCUAGUUGUAAUAAACGAUCUUGAGCUGCUGACUUUGAUCCACAUGCAUCCAUUUCUAGUCUGUCCAGCUGUGCGCGGUUUCGGCGAAAAAGAUUAUGAGGAAUGGGGUUGGCAACAGAUAGCCAAGAGAUUCAAUGAAAGCUACGAGGGACUUCAGCUCAACACACCAUUUACCGUUGAGGAGCUGCAAUGGCGUUGGGAGAUGCUACGACCAGUGUGCCCCUUGCUUGGCAAAGCUUGCGGUAAAAUACCCGAGAAACUUUGGUUCACGGUAAGCAAAAUCAACAAAAUGCUUGCCACGAAGCCACGAGUGAUUGUCAAGCCCAUGACUACCGCUCAGCAGUUUAUCCUCAAUCAGCUGCCAGUGAUGGAACGCUUAACGUCUGCACAGCGACAGAGUCUAGAAGCCGAGGUGCUCGACGCCAUCUUCACACAGGAGAGAGAUUUCCACUUGGAACCUUUAAACAAAAGAGCCCAAACCAUUGUGCAGAGUCAGUAUGAGGAUUUUCUUAAGACCAUUGGCAUAAAGGAGCUAGCGACGAGCACAUCCACAUCCUCUGUGGCCAACACCAAGACCACUCCAGCUGCCGUCACUAUCAAGACUUAUCCUGCUAACAAAAGAAAACCUGCCAAUGAUGGUAAUCCUUCGAGCUCAAAAAAUAUUCGGCUCAUCGAUAAUAAACUUGUUACUAUCGAAGGCCGGGAGUCUCUGAGUAAGCAACUAGAUCAGACUUCUAUUACAUUACCGGAUAUCAAAAAAGAAGAUUAUUCAUUUGAAGCAGAGGAGCCACUUAUCAUAGAGGCCGGAACUAGUUCAUCCGAUGAACAGAAAUUGCGUUAUGUGCCCCUGAAAAGCGUCAAAUAUUACACGAAAAAGGUUCGCGUGCGAAUAAAACGUUUGAAUCUGAAGAAUCACCAAACCCUGACAAGAAUCAAUGAGUUGCACUAAGAAAGCAACCGAAUUUAGUUUAAUAUCAAAUGCACAAUAUGUUUAUUUAAAAAAGAUAUUACUAUAAAUUACAACUUAGAGCUAUAUUGUUUAAACUGAUAAGCGAAAAGAACAGAAAAUCUAGCAGGGAUUGGGAUUCAGAGGGAAGGGAAAAAAGGGACAUUGUACUAUAUGCAUGUUGUCUAUAUUGUAUGCUAAGUCCUGUCGCCAUUUUACAGUAAGGAACUCUUGGCAUCCAGUUUUCGUUAUGUUUUAUUAUCGUUAUCAGUAUUAUUAAUUUUUAUUUUAUUAUCAACAAACGUAAAUAAUCAACAUGUCUACAAAAUACAGUCCAUGGUAAAAAAAAGCGCAGCACUAACAAUGAAAAGAACUAACAAACAACAAAGCCACACACAAGGCAGCGGCAGUCAGUCAGUCAGCAUUUGGAUGCGAUGUUAUUGCGAUGUUGAUGCGAUGUGGGCCGCCUGUGGCAUACUUCAAAAUCAGAUAGAUGUGCAGCGGCAGACGGGAGAGAGCGGUCAGUUCAAAAUAGCUGAUCCGCCAGAUUGCCAAUAAAGGUGGCCAGGUUCAUUGAGGAGCCUUCCUUGAAUUUCAGUCCAAUCGUUUUGCCAUACGCCUGUAUAAAGAUGGCGCGCACAGCAUUCAGCCGUUGUUUGCGUCUGCAACGACAAGGAUUAUUGAUUAGGAUUAUGACAUUAAUUGUGGAUUUGUGGACUUACAAGUUGAUGCAUUGCUUGCUGGCAGCUGAGCUGCCGUUGGCCGCAUCCUUGGAGGAACCGUUGACGAAACCGUGCGUGUUGUUACCGCUGCUGUUGCUAUUGCUGUUGCUUGUAUUGCUGCUGCCACCGCCGCUGGGAUUGGGAUAGACGCCAGUCAUGUUGUUGGUGAGGUUACAGUGAUAGCCAUUGCCGCCAUUGCACAUUGGAAUGUCUUGUCUGUCUGCCAGCUGUGGAUGUUGCUGAU